UUUCAAAAACAUCUGGCAUCUCUGCUCUUAGCUUUGUCUGAACAUUAGCACUAUGCUAAUACUAAUGCUAAUUUAGCGGCAUUUAAUAAAAUGUUUUAUUGCAGUAUUCGAUUAUGAAUGUUAUGUUCGUUAUCCUUCAUCAAAAUGUCCGUUACUCUACAUACUGACGUGGGCGAUAUAAAACUGGAACUGUUCUGUGAGGAAUGCCCGAAAGCAUGCGAGAACUUCCUAGCAUUGUGCGCUAGUGAUUACUACAACGGAAGCAUAUUUCACCGGAACAUCAAAGGUUUCAUUGUACAAACCGGUGAUCCUACUGGCACAGGUAAAGGUGGACAAUCGAUAUGGGGACGAAAAUUUGAGGAUGAAUUCAAGGACAGCUUGAAGCAUAACGAGCGGGGAAUGAUUUCGAUGGCUAAUAGUGGACCGAACACCAACGCUAGUCAAUUUUUUAUAACGUAUGCCGCUCAACCAGCGCUGGAUCUCAAAUAUACGCUUUUUGGCAGAGUAAUUGAUGGUUUUGAAGCGCUGGAUGAGCUUGAAAAGUUAACCGUUAACCCGAAAACAUAUCGACCAGUAAUAGAGAAAAAAAUAAACAGCAUUACAAUUCACGCAAAUCCAAUAGCAGGGUGAGAAGAGAGCAAAUGAAUCUAGCCCGAGCGAAACGAAAAACUAUAUUAGUUUUUUUUCACUGGAUUUAAUUAUUUAGCAUACAUUUACUAGAAAAAGCAUAAUAUAUUUUUCAAACAAUUAUACAAUCGAGUCGUGCUUAAAAAAUACUUUCACUUUUUUCUAAUCAAUGGAAAGGAUCACCUUUGAGAUAGUAUGUGCCAUCUGAGCCUUCGUAAAUGACUUCUGCAGUUACGUUCGUUCUAGCGCUCGAGGCUGGUACGGCUGUUGUGAAAAAAUUGAUAAAACGUUUUGAUUUUCA